CGUAAAUAAAUAGCAACCACCGGGAGUUCACAUUACUCACUCCAAAAUCUCUCUACUCUCUACUCACUCAUCAUCUACAAACCACCGCGCACGGCGGAGAGAGAGAGAGAAACUGUAGAUAGGGGGAAAGCUUCAUCGCUGUUUCUUCUAUGGCGCUGGAUGCUUGAUUAUACCUUUCUUUCUUCUCAUAAUCUCAUCUACUUUCUCUCCUCAGUUUCGAUUCUUCUUUGGCUUUGGGCGAUGGCCAGAGGCAGAGCAGCCGCCGCCGCCGCCGGAGACGCCAUCGGAUCCGGCGAGCUUAAAGAGGUAAAAUUCCGCGGCGUUAGAAAGAGAUCGUGGGGUAAAUUCUCGGCCGAGAUCAGAGAUCCAUGGAAAAAGACCCGUCUAUGGCUGGGGACCUUUCUCUCAGCCGAGGAAGCCGCGCGUGCAUAUGACGCCGCGGCCAGGAAACUAAACGGCCCGAGAGUCAAGACCAACUUCCCACCUCCGCCGAUUUCGCAACUACCUCCUUACAACCAAACCGCAAUCCCUAAAAAUCCGCUCAUCGGUUCCCUCAUGAUUUCCCCGAGACCCGCCUCCAGCAGCAUGAGUAGCACGGUGGAGUCUUUCAGUGGGCCACGGCCGCCUCCGCCGCACACGGCGGCGACGCCUAAUCGCCGUCACCCGAGGUCGCCUCCGAUAGCUCCGGAUGAUUGUCAUAGCGACUGCGAUUCUUCGUCGUCUGUUGUCGACGACGGCGACUGUGAAAACAUCGCUUCAUCGUCUUUCAGAAAACCGUUGUCUUUCGAUCUCAACCUGCCGCCGGCCAUGGAUGACGUCUGCGAUCUUCACUCCACAGCUCUAUGCCUAUGACCGAAGAUCCUUAGCUUGCUUUGCCCAAACCAGUUUUAUGCCCUAACUUUAAUCUGUAUUCUUUAAUUUGUUACCCUGAAGAAAAAAAAAAAACUGCAAAGAAGAAACAAGAAAACAGAGAACAUAAUCUGUGAAUCAAAAUUAGAUCAAAGACUAGAUAUGAUCGUUAUUAAAGAUGAGAACAUCUAGUAGAGUACUCUGUCUGCUAUAAGUUUUUUGUCUAUAAAAAAAUAAAAAAUUGCAUAUAUAGAGUUUUAAUCUAUAUGUUUUACUCUGA